AUGAUUAAUAAAGCAGGCAAACAAUUAACCUGGUUAUUUGCUUUAAAAAUAUUAUCAAGAAUAUUUGAUUUGACUUUGAAUGUCUUGGUCCUCCGAGACCUAGAACCAGGCAUUUAUGGUAUGUCCAUUUUUUGAUAUAUAUAGAGGACUCACAACUAAUUUGGAUUUGUUGACCAACGUCACUCUCUUCUAUUUAAAGAUUGUCUUGAAAUAAACCUACUCCAGAUUGAAGGACCCCAAUCAAGAGCAAACCUAAUCGGCUGUCAAUCUAAUGUACUUUGGAUUGCUCAUCACAAUCUGCAUUGCUCCAAUCACUGUUUUGGUGAUGAGUUACAAUCAAAGUGUCGCAUUUGCCAAAACAGCUUUUCUCUAUGGAAUCUCUGCAAGUAAUGAAUGCCAUUUGAUCUUUAGUAAUUGAUGGAGCCUCAGAACCCUAUGCUGUAUAAUGGGUCAUUUAAUUAAAAUUGAAUGUGGUGGCCAAAGCAGAAGGCUUAGCAGUUUUUAUGAAGACCAUAGUGCUCUACAUAUUGUUGGGCAAAUAUACACGCGAAUUCUUCCAGAUUGAAACUGUUGUCGGGUUUGGAAUUGCUCAGGUUAUCUAUUCCAUUUUCAUAUUCGGCUACAUCUUUUCACUCUCCACUUAAUCAAAAUUUAAAUAAAUAAAUAAAGAAGGAGUGUAUGUUGUAGCUGAGAUGAAGUAAGUGGGCUAUCAAUUUACACUAAUGGCCUUUAUGAAAUUUCUAUUGCAAGAACUAGAAAAAAUAGUCAUGGUGAUAUACAACAAUCCCAUCAUCUCAGGAGAGUUUACCUUAGUCAGUCACAUUGGCUCCAUAAUCCCUCGCUUUAUAUAUGUCAACAUAGAAUAAAUAGCAUUCAAUUUGUUCCCAAAAAUCAACCAAGAUGAGUAAUCCUAAUUAUUGGAAAAGUAUUUGAAGUUUUUGAAUUUGGUUGGAAUCAGCAUUAUAAGUGCUGGUAUUCCCUGUGCAUCUGCUUUCUUGCAGAUUUAUGGUUCUUAAUGGACUUCUGAUUCCUGCAUUUUGGCUAUGCAACUUUACUGUGUUUACAUUUGGAUCAUGGGCAUUAAUGGAAUCACUGAAAGCUACGUGAAUUCUACAAUCGACACUAAAGAUAUGUGGUGGUACAGAUACUUACUUAUUGCUUAAACAAUCAUAUAUAGGUAUUCCAUAUCCCUUAAAUAUCUAGUUUAUCUUUAAUAAUCAUGGUCCAAUUGGGAUCAUCAGGCAUAAUUAUCUCAAAUAUUCUAUCAAUGUCAGUCAGAAUUGUUGUGUCAUUUCUAAUCAUUAAUAAAUAAGGCAUAAAAAUCUAAUGGAAUGCAAUAAUGCCAAAAUUCAUGAUCCUUUACUUGCUUGGAUUCCUUUUGUAAUAUUUAACAGAAGGGUUCAAAUUAUUAGUUUUGACAGCCCUGUACUAAGGAAUCCUUGGUUUGAUAAACAUAAAAACAGUAAUAGAGGUGAUCAAAAGUAAUUGAAAUAGUAUUAUA